CGACGGUGCACCCUAUACAUAAUGUCUCGCAGGGUGAAUAUUGAAAAAAAGGUGCGCUAACUGCUAUAAUUCAUUGCCUUUAUUAAAAGCAAGAUACAGAGAAGCAUUUUAGAUUAUUUGACGUUUACUUAGAAGAGAAAUGGAAAUUUAAAAAAAAAAGAAUAACAUUAGGAAAGUAGUUCAAAUUGACCAAAUAAAGUGACAUAACCUUACAAAAGCAAAUGGUAGUUCGUACACAUCAUUUGCGAUUUGCCGAACUACCGGUUGUUGAUCAAAAAUACGCAAACUGCGAAUUAAAAGAAUAUCAAUGGAUUCUUCUGGAUUAUGCUGUUGUGAAUACAUUGACUUAAACCAAGGGAGAAAUCAUAUUUUAGCAUGCUGUUGCAAUUGCGAGGAUCUAGACGAAUCUGUCGAUAAACUCCUAAUGGGGCAAACGGUUUCAUCAAGCUUACGCCAAAACUUCCUACUGACAUUAGAAGACCGCCUUCGCAUACCGUGGCCUGGUGGUGCCCGAAAAAUACGUCCCGGACUUCUUUUGGCUCUAACACUCAUUCCAGGCUCUAUACUAAUUGCUACCAUCAACGCUUACUGGACCUUCACUGCGUUUACCUCGCUAUACCUACUGCUAUUUUACUUGUCUAAGUCGCUACAAAAAGCAAAUUUCUUCGUAGACUGUGUUAUUGUUACAAUAAUCACAAUUUUUCUUAUUUUUGAAUAUUACGUGGUGCCAUUUUUAGAAAUUCUAAUACAUGAAAAUGUGAUAUUUUUCUUGUUGUACGUUGCCUGUAUCGGCUGCAUGCUGCUGGCAGUUAAGCGAUCGAGACAACUUAAAGGCAGAAUCGACUCGAGCGUACGCUAUUGCUCAAUGUGUGAAGCAACUGUUCCACUUAAAUCUCGCCACUUUGUAUGGAUUGGCACCUGCGUAGGAGAACACAACCGAGUGGUUUAUCUUCUAUCCCAAUUACUCGGUAUUUUAUCUUUGAUGUACAGCGCAAAUUUAACGCUUACAACCAUCUGCCACCCAUUCCGAGUCUACAAAACCAUUUUACUACCCGACGACUGUUCGGAAGUUUACGUACAGUUCGAAUUUGCCCUAUCGUUUGUGAACGCCGUUUUUAGUUUGAGUAUAAGUGCAUUGCUUCUUUUGAAUGUACUUUACGAAUUGCUAAGAACUCUUGUUUGUAAAAGGAGAUGUAAAAGUGUGUUGCCUAACCAUAAGGGUGAACUUUGUUCCUCCAACGGAAGUCCCGAGCAUCAUACUUCAACAAAGACCCCUAAGAGCACUCGGAGCUGUAGGCAUAACAUAACGAGCGCUGCAGAACAUCACGCGCCCAACCCUCGCUUACGUCACGAGAGUGAUUAUCUGGAAUAGGCGAUAGUGAUAAUGCUACCCAAGUCUGGAAAAGCUCCUACCGGCCCUGGGGAAGAUCUUUGAAAGGGUACUGCUGUCGAAUUUACAACCGAACAUAAGAUCUGAGCAGUUCGGGUUUCGGACCCAACACUCUACAAUGUCUCUCUCUGGACGUCAGGCCUGCUAGUUCAGGACGAUAGAUUUUACGAAACUACGCAUGGGCGGAGAAACACUGGAAUGGGCGGGCACCACCCGGAAUUUCGGAGUUACAAUCGACCAACGAAGAUGAAUAGCGAAUAAGUUAUACAGGGUGGUGACUUGCGUAACGCAUCAUAGGGAUUUCAA